UCUUCGGAUGCAAGCAGUGGAAAUUUCCAGGGGCAGCAACAUCUUUGUCUACCUGGGAGUCCAAGACUUCAUGAAGCCAGGACAGAAUUGGCAACGGAUCCGGGCCCAUCGCUGGGUCCAGCACCCUGACUUCAACAAUGAAUAUUUUCACAAUGACAUCAUGCUGCUGAAGGGUGAUUCCGGCGGGCCCCUGGUGUGCGAAGGGCUGAUCCAGGGAAUCAUCUCCAAUGGAGAUGUGGACAGGCGCCCCCCCAGCAUUUACAUGAGAAUCUCCAAAUUCAUCCCCUGGAUCAACGAAACUCUGCAGAAGCUGAACUAAAGCCUGUGUGGAACCCUGAAAUGCUUUAGAUCAGAGUAUAUGUUUCUCUUGUUAGAGAAAUGCUACCAA